AUGGCUCUGGCGGCAGCGCCGGCGGCGGCGGCGGCAACAUCGACCUACGCCGCCAAUCUUGGCCGCGUUUCCGAUUUCGCGAGCCCUCGGUGGCCGUUGUUGAAUUUCAGGGUUCGAAGGCAGUUUCUGUGUCUCCCUCGCCGGGCAAUGGCGUCUGUGGAAUAUGGAAUUCAUUCAUCUCAGAUUACCAUAGCCCCCAGAUUAAACCGGGAUUUAAUCUCUCUCCCAAAGCCCUUGUCCGCAAUCGAUUUUUCCUCCUUUACUAGCAAUGGUAAGAAAGUUCGUGUUGCAUACCAGGGUGUUUCCGGAGCAUAUAGCGAGGAGGCUGCUUUGAAAGCAUACCCAAAGUGCGAAACUGUCCCGUGCGAUCUGUUUGAGGCUGCUUUCCAGGCUGUUGAGCUAUGGUUGGCAGAUAAAGCCGUGCUCCCAAUCGAGAAUUCGGUUGGUGGGAGCAUACACCGUAACUAUGACUUGCUCCUUCGCCAUAGGCUUCACAUUGUUGGGGAAGUUCAGUUGGUUGUAAAUCAUUGCCUUUUAGGAUUGCCUGGGGUUAGAAAGGAUGAGUUAAAGCGCGUGUUGAGCCACCCACAGGCACUUGAUCAGUGUGAGAGGACACUGAAUGAGUUGGGAGUGACAAUAGUGACUGCUGAUGAUACAGCUCGUGCUGCUCAGAUUGUAGCCUCUGAAGGUGUGAGGGAAACUGGGGCAGUUGCGAGUUCUCGAGCUGCCGAAAUCUAUGGGCUUGAUGUUCUUGCUGACAGAAUACAGGAUGAUACCGACAACAUAACACGAUUUCUGAUACUUGCAAGAGAACCCAUUAUACCAGCAACCGAUAAACCUUACAAGACAAGCAUCGUCUUCAGCCUGGAAGAGGGACCCGGGAUUCUCUUCAAGGCUUUAGCAGUGUUUGCCCUGAGAAAUAUUAGUUUGUCUAAGAUCGAGAGCCGACCACAGAAAUUGCGGCCGUUGAGAGUUGUUGAUGACUCUAAUCGGGCGAGUCCAACGUAUUUUGAUUAUCUUUUUUACAUCGAUUUUGAAGCUUCUAUGGCCGAGCCUCGUGCCCAAUUCGCACUCGGACAUCUUCAGGAGUUUGCUCGGUUCAUUCGAGUCCUCGGUUGCUAUCCGAUUGAUACAGUCUUGUGA